AUGAGAUCAACCGCCAUCUCCAACUUUGCACACACUGCCCGCACACUCUCGCAAAGGAGGCUCGUACGUGUCCAGCUCAAAGAACAAGUCCCCGGUCUCGGUAGUGCAGGAAGCAUCGUUCUCGUCCAACCAGGGCGCAUGCGCAACGAGCUGCUCCCUAAGAACAAAGCAGUCUACCAACCGUUGCCUACCCCCUUCCAGCUCUCAAACGAAAAACUCAACGCUUCGCUCGUCGAAUCGCAACUAGAAUCCGCACAGGCCGCUCUCGAGCUUCAGCAAGCAAGAGACGCUCUCUCCAAAGAACUGGGCCCAGUUCAGCUGUUGAGUCUGCGAAGGAAGCUCGAAGUCGCUCCCCCUGUUGUGUUUUCGCGACAGACCACGAUCAAGUCCAAGCCGACCACUUCAGCAGGCGCAGAACAAGAACUGCCCAAGCCGGCGCUUGGUAUUCAGGGAAGCAUCACCACCACCGACGUUGUCAGCUUCUUGAGGGAGAACGGAGCCUUUGAUCUCGAGACGGAUUACAGCGACGACGGCAAACCCGUGCAGCUCAACAGGCUUACUCUGGCUCAGAUUAACACGGCGUGCGAGUUUACGCUCACCUCUGCCGAGAAGCAAGACAGCAGUGACGCUAUCGACAAGCUCGGACGCAUCAAGAAGACUGGUCAAUACACGCUCGUUGUGCACAUCUUGCCGUCCAACAUCCGCGCUCGUAUUCCCGUCAUCGUUCGACCCAGCGCCGCUUCCACGCAAGCUUUCACUUCCACCCCCGCCGCUUCUGCCGCAUCACCGUCGUCGUUGAGCAUGUCGGGUCAAACUCGCGGCUACGCCACGUCUGCGGCAGCCGCAAAACCUGCCACCAGUAUGGAGUCUUCGAUGCGCACCAAGCUCGAAGCCGAAUUUGGCCCCGAGGUCGAGAUCAACAUCCGCAACGAUUCCAGCAAGCACGCGCACCACGCUGCCAUGGCCGCGCAGGGCGGUGGAAACGGCGAGACGCACUUCUACGUACACGUCAUCUCGGACAAGUUUACCGGCCUGACGCAGAUCAAGCGUCACCGUGCAGUCAAUGCGCUGCUGAACGCCGAGUUCGAGAGGGGCCUGCACGCGCUCAGCUUGAGGACCAAGACGUGGGCCGAAGAGAACAGGGCCAAGCCCGCGGCGGCCGAUCAGCAGGCACAGCAAGAUAGUACUGUUGAUGAUCCGACGACCUGUCCUCAAGACGCUCCCACCGCUCAACAAGAAGGCUCGCUCUGGCAAGCGCCUCAAUCGCACCUCUACCCAACGUCGCCCCUCGCCACCCCACCCGCCUCGACCAGUACCACCAACACCACUUCUUCGACUGACGACAUCCUGGCCGCGUUCUACACGCGGCCCCCUACCACCCCGAACGUCCCGUCCGCGGCGGCUGCGCGCAGAGUGACGCCCGAUCAGCGCGAGAAGUUCUUCCGACGCGUAACCAAGGAAGAGGCGGUCGAGCCUUCGCCCAGGCAGAAUCUGCUCAAUGUGCUGGGCGGCGUGCUGGCGAGUGUCUGCGCGACGUACAUGGUGCUCUUUGCGGAUUUCGGGCAACCGCAGGGCACCGAGAACUGUUUCACGGGCGUAAGGGAGGUGGUCUGGGGCAAAGAGGGCCCGCCCAAGCUGUUCUAG